AUGGCUGAUAGUGGACAAGAUAAGAAUUCUGGCAAUACUCAAGAUCUCAAGGAUAAGGUUCCUACUUUAUCACAAUCUGCUCGAUCAGGUCUCCAGUUCCCUGUUGGCCGUAUCCAUCGUUAUUUAAAAGCAAAGGGACAUAAUAAUGCACGUGUAGGUGCUAAAGCUGCUGUCUACACUGCUGCAAUCCUGGAAUAUCUUACAGCCGAAGUUCUCGAAUUAGCUGGCAAUGCCACAAAGGAUUUAAAAGUGAAGCGUAUUACACCCAGACAUUUACAAUUAGCUAUUCGUGGUGAUGAAGAAUUAGACGCGCUUAUCAAAGCUACCAUUGCUGGUGGUGGUGUUCUCCCUCAUAUUCAUAAAUCUCUCAUCACAAAUGCAAAGACUGGCAACAAGAAGAUGUAA